AGCAAAGAAAAGCAGCAACAAGCAAAUUUUUCUAUUUUGUCAUUUGGUCGCGCAGCGGUGGCCGGGAAGGGUGCUGUGGCCGCUCAACUAGCUGCUGUGAUUGCCACACGUUACUCGGCGCAGUUGUGUGCGACUUCACGAGAAUUGCAUGUCCUUGGUUGCGCAGCAAAAGUGAUAUUGACGGAAACAGGAGUAAACGCUUUGGACGAAGCUCGUCUCGCGUGCGGUGGCCAUGGAUUCCUGAGGUGUUCAAGACUGAACGAUCUUCGAGACAGCUUUGAUCCAUCGCGGACGUUCGAAGGCGACAACAACAUACUGUUGCAGCAAGUGACGAAUGCGUUGCUUUCUGCAGCGGAGGAAGAGAAGAACAUAUUGAAAAAUUCACCUCUUGGAAGUUUCGCAUUUCUGAAGUGUGAGCCAGCGAAGUUUACAUCCUGGAAAGACGAUCCAUUGGAAGGUUUCCUUUUCCGGGAAACUACUUUUGUUGCUAGCCGUGCUGACAAACAGUCAGUGCUGCGCUUUAGUAAAUGCGGGAAGGGAAAUGAUUAA